GUUUAUAGAUUCAAUGUUGAUGUUAUUGCUGGUGAUGUGAAGCACAACUUUCAGGCUGAGACCGAUAUGCCUUGGGGGGACUUCAAAAGCCGUGUUCUUGCAUACCUUGAUAGUGCUGAUAAGGAGGUUGAACUCAUAUCUAAAUUUGCAGGUGAUAGCGGCAGAGCGUCUCACCUAGACAAUGCGGAAACCUUCAGCGUUGUCAUGGAGCGUCUUUGUCAAAAGGUGUCUAAUGUGCGCACACGAGCUGUUGGUUUAGAAGUAAAGAAUGGAGCCAAAUGUACCACAGUAGCCGUCAAACCAAAAAAGAAGACUCGCAAAGAUGAUGUUCCUCCAUCUCCAAGUGAUGAGGAUACUACACAGCUCAAAGCGUACAAACAGCUUGAGAGCCAGAUCCGAUGUGAACUUCACUGUGGACAUUGCUUCAUAGAUCGCACUAGCGGCUGCGAUAACCAUCGUCAUCUCAAUCAUGCUGAGAUGACUCUCUGGGCUAAAAAGAUUUCUCCUGGUGGUCCUCCACUGCUUUCACAGCCACGCGAUCAUUCAGAGCCAUUGUCGUUGUCAAGUUCUCCACCGAUACCAGAUCCUUAUUAUCCGCUAAUUAGAGUGGUCCUUGGACUGAUUGAUGUCAAAAGACCAGAACUGCAAUUUGGCGACCUCAAAAUGUCUCUGCUAGAUGCGGGAGUGGUUUCAUCUAGCCAAGUGGUGUUACUACCAGAGGAAGUGCUGAGUCUCAUUGGCGAUAUGGGGCAAAAGCGAGCCAGAAUCCUCCGCAAUUACGCCAAACAUAUAGUUCUACCACUCCUCAGACUCUCGGGUGCCUAUGAGGAAACAGAGAUA